CUGGACGGUAACGGUGCUGUGGGACUUUUAAACUGAAAUCGGGGACUGCGGUGUAUGUUAGGAAUAUCGGGACUGCUGGGCGGCCCUGAGAUACGUCUACCAAAAAUACAUGUUUUGCUUUUGUACUGCAAAUGCCCACUAGUACAUUUGGAUUAUCAUCAAAUUGCUAGAAUCUACAGGAGAGAGAAACACUGGAAAAAGGAGCGUUGUCUGCUUUCCAUACCAAAUAAUUGCUAGAGGAGGGUAGUGGUGGCAAACGUAUUAGCUCCUGAGUUCUCAAGAAGGAACAGAUUACAAAUCAUCAAGCCUUUUCCAGUUCUUUUUUUUCUGAAAUACUUUGGAUUAUUCAACAUGCCUGGUGAUAGUUUAUUGUAUUUGUUUACCUUUUUUUGACAUUUUUUGUUUACAUACCUCAUUCCCACUAUUCUGUAUUUCAUAUUACCUACCAACUUUUUAUGGUGCUAUGCUGUACUUCACUGACGCCUCUCUACAUCUUCACGAUGCCUGCAGAAAAUGUUAAGUCAUUUAAACCAAGCAAAUACGUACCUGUGGCUGCAGCAACUGUUUUUUUGGUGGGAUCUACAACACUGUUCUUCAUUUUCACAUGCCCCUGGCUUAGUGUGGAAGUGUCCUUUGCUCUCCCUGCCUAUAACGCAGUCAUGUUUCUCUUUGUACUGGCCAAUUUUAGCAUGGCUACUUUCAUGGAUCCUGGCAUCUUCCCUCGAGCGGAGGAGGAUGAAGAUAAAGAAGAUGACUUUCGGGCACCUUUAUACAAGACAGUGGAGGUAAGGGGAGUGCAGGUUCGCAUGAAGUGGUGUUCAACAUGCCGUUUCUAUCGUCCACCUCGGUGUUCCCACUGCAGCGUUUGUGACAAUUGUGUUGAGGAGUUUGAUCACCAUUGUCCCUGGGUAAAUAAUUGCAUCGGGCGCAGGAAUUAUCGUUACUUUUUCCUCUUCCUGGUGUCUCUAACAUUGCAUAUUAUAAGCGUUUUCAUCUGUGGCCUUUUCUAUACAAUGGGACACCCUGAUCAGCUUGGAGAUAUUCCUGCUGCAGUCACUAUUUCAGUUUUGUGUGUCGCUGGCCUCUUCUUUUUUCCAGUGGCAGGUCUAACAGGAUUUCACAUUGUGCUUGUUUUUAGAGGACGCACUACCAAUGAACAGGUUACAGGAAAGUUCCGUGGAGGGGUGAAUCCAUUCAGUGAUGGAUGCUGUCAGAAUGUGAGCCAUGUAUUAUGCAGCUCCACUCCACCCAGAUACUUGAAGAGCAGUCAGCCCUUGCUUCAUGUGUCUCCUCCAUUUUUACACCCAGUAAUAUCAGAGAAUCAAAUUGGCCUGAAGAUCUUGGAAAAUGGUGUCCAGAGCCCCUCCCAGCACUACCAGUCUCAAAGCAGCUUGGAAUUGACUGAGUCACAGUCUGCUGAUGCAGAUCCCCCACCUCCACCAAAACCUGUUUUGAGCCAUUUUACAGGACUACGUGGACACUUGAACACUACAGAAAAAGAGGUUGAGAAUGCUUUCUCAGCCACAGAGAGUGCCCCCACACCUACAAUGUACAGAUACAGGCCUGGCUACAGUGGAGGAAGUGUUCCUCAGGCUGGAACAAAGCUUGCUCGUGUGGACAGUCUGCAGGACUCUUCCAUUCCAACAUCAGAGUUAUCUCGUCCCUCAAGUUCUCGUUCUGAGCCAAGUCUGGAUCCAGACCCUGAACAUCUUCCUGCACGGUCUUCGAGUCUGCGUUCUGCAGUAGGAAUUCCAGGGCCAUUACCCUCCCUUCCCUCUGAAGGAACAACAUCUACCUCAUAUAAAAGUUUUAAUCAAACACAAAAUGGGAGUUUAUCCUACCAGAGUUUGCUUAGUCCUUCUGAUGAAACAGAUCCUGAAACAGCUGGAUACUCUUCUCCAUACCUAUCAGCUCGAGAACGUCCCCGACCUGCAUGCCCUCCUCCAAUAGCCCCCCGCUAUGGCAAACCUAGAAUUAGCAAUUAUCGACCAGGUGAUGCAGAUGCAGCAACUCUUCCACUUUUGACUCUAAGGGAUGAGUCACCUGUAAAAUCAACACAUUCAUGCAGUAAUAGCCAAACUACUGUCUCUCCUUCAGUCAGCCCAUCUCGACAAGGCGGAGUAAAGACUGUAUCUGGUGUCGGAGGCACCACAUAUGAGAUAUCUGUAUGAGUGUAAAAGCACUCUUAUUAUGUAAAUGGUCACAAAGUGACAAAGUACCUGUGGGAGCAUCAGAGCUGGCCAAGACUGACACUUUUCAAUGUGCUUAGGUCAAGCUACCUGUGCGUUCUGAGGAUUUAUUUUGGAAUUUUUAUAAUUGCAAUCCACUUUUCUUUUGAUACCUGUUCACCAGGUAGUCAGUGUUUUUAAAGGACUGUAUCUGUCCAAAAUAAGGAUGUCUUUCUGGGGUUCAAUAAUUAGUAAAUUGUAUUGGCAGAAAAGCAUUUUUACUGCAGAGGCAAAUCAAGCUUUACCUUUGUGCUGCAAUCAGUUUAUAGGACAUAGUAUAUUUCUAUGUAAUACUUGGAUGAUGGUGACACCUGAUUAGUAGUAUUGGAUAGAAUGUAAUUCUCUUACAUAUUUGAAAGUUAAGGUGUCUCUUUCCGGUUUAAUGCAUAUUUUCUUUUCUUUAUCAGGUGAUAAUUACUGGCAGAAAUAUAUGUAUGUUUAUUGUAUAUUUAUACACACAAACAUACAAAUAUAUAUAGAGAGAGAGAACAGACACUACAUAUCCAGUCCACUCAGAAGGAGAAAAUUAUCUUUGUUUUAUUUUUAAAAAAAAAAGUACAAUAGGAAUGUGAGUCAGGUUGAACAAAAUGUUCUUUGUCAAAACUACAUUGCAGGUGACUAAACUGUAUGACUGUCUAGUCAUCCAUUCCAAA